GCGCAAAUCGGCUGCCGCGUUUCGCCCACAAACAUACGGUCGAUUCGCUUUGCAGCCUGUUCCGCGAGGCCCUUUGAGACGCAGAGAAGCCGCAAAAAAGCACCGUUUCAAAAUGCCAGGAUUAUCAUUAUUAUUCGUUUUAGUUUUUAAAAGUUGAGCUGUUUGAGCAAGCUAAGGGUUAAAAUAGUGGUGGAAAACGAAACGAAAGUGCGUGAUGUGAGAGUGGGCGAUGUGCAAAAACACCAGCCCUUGGGGUGUGUGUGGUGUGUGUGUGUGUGGUCUCUUCCUUGGCUCCAGACGGAGGGGCGGAGGGGGUUUGGAGUGAGAGCGAGAGAGAUAGAGGGGGACCGUUAUUGAUUAGAUCAUCGAUUUGGGGAAAAAGGGGAAGAAAGAGAGAGAGAGCGGGGGGGGAAAAAAAAGGAAACAGGUAAAUGCAAACAGGAGAAGGCGGAAGCCUGGAUGUAAUCGAGCGUUUCGAUGAGGAAGGAGCUUGUUGCCUUGUAUGGACCAGCAGGGACCAUGGUUUGGGUGUGGAUAGUGCACAUACUGUGUCUAAUCAGGCUUUACCACUGUGUCUCCUCCUCUGACUGCAACAAUGAGACCGAGUACUACAGCAACGGGAAGUGCUGCUUCAAAUGUGGGCCCGGGUCGUAUAUGGCAGCUGAUUGUAAAGAAGCAAAGUAUUCCAGUUGUCAUCCUUGUUUGCAUGGGUUUUACCAGGACGCGUGGACGAGAGAGGGUCACUGCCGAGCUCACUCUUCUUGCCCUGAAGGAGACUUUGAGAGAAUCGAAGAUGGCAACUUAUUUCAGAACGUGAAGUGUCUGUGUGUGAAAGGGAAGCACUGCGCCAACAAGGAUUGUGAGAUCUGCAUAACUGAUACUUCCUGCCUCCCGGGUUCAGGAGUCACAACCCUGGCGGAUCGAAGGAACCUUGACUCCGUCUGCGAGAAGUGUCCGGCUGGUCAUUACUCCAAUGUGACCUCGUCCACAGAACCCUGUAAACAGUGGCUGAACUGCUCAGCCAUGGGGCUGGUGGAGAACAUACCUGGCAGCUCUGUCGCAGAUGCGAAAUGCCGUGACCCAUCGCAGGGCGGAGCAGAGUAUCGAGCUGCCGUGGGUGUCCUGGCCGUGGUUGCGGUGUCUCUGCUUGUCCUGCUUAUCCUGAGCCAGCUCGGUUACCUGGGUAAAGGGGUGCAAGCCAUUUGGAGCCAGUGUCUGACAAAACCUCAGCCAGAGGAUCGGGAACAGGAGAACGGCGUCCAGGAAUCCUGCCUGAUAACUUGCGAUGAAAGCACUGACCCGGUGCAGGAGGUGGGGAAAGACAGUCAUUGCUCCGAGGAGGAACACCUGCCUACUACAUGCUAUCCGGUGGAGCGGUAACUCUGAGGGAGGAGGAGGGAAAACUGACUGAUCAGCACCUGAUGCCAAUGUGGCUAACGCAGGGAGCUAUUGUGUUUGAGCAGCCACUCCUGUCCCUGUUAGGAUAAUUGUAUUGCAACUGAAGUGACACAGUACCUUAUCACAAUGAGCUCCUGUAUUUCAAAGUGCUUCACGUGGUGAGUUACCGAGAAGAGUGUUGAUUCACUUAGGCAACUGUGCAGGAGCGCUGGGCCGGUCGUACAGCUAUCACACCCGUUUUCUUUUUCAUAAAAACAAUUGUGUUUUCAUGUGUAAAGAAAGCAAGGUAUUGAGGAAAAGUAUUCUUCCUGCAGUUGAUCUCUCCACAAGCGAGUGAGUUGCAAAGAGUACUCUCAUAAUUGGCCAAACAGAGUAAUAGGCGAAUGAAAAACAUGUUAUUAAUAAUAAAUAAUAGAAUCCCAUAUGAAACAAACAUCGUUCCUAUAAUCAUCGGUGCAACUGGGACUGUUAAUAAGACUAUUCAAAAAAACGGCUCGACAAAAUACCUGGUGAACAAGAUAUCAACCUCCUGCAAAAAGUACAGUAACUAUUUUAGGAAAUUCAAAUGUGUUAAGAAAAGUAAUAUGUAAUGUAGCAAUGUUAUAUAUCUGGCUGACGCAUCACUGAAAAUCAUUAAGAAAUUACCUUAAAAGAGUCAUUUAAACAGUAAUAACUUAAUGAUGAUAAUAAUAAUUGUAUUUUGUGUCUUCCCGGGGUGCGGUGAAACCUUAGGCAGUUUCCUUGCUCCAUAUGCCUCAGCUUCCCUUGCAGUAAGAAGAAAUCUGGUUGUUGGUCAAUUGGCAGAUCCCUUUCCAGGGAUAAUUAAUCGUUCAAAAAAUAU